AUGAGCCAGCCUGAGUCUGACAUUGCUGAUGACGUUCGCGACCGUACUAGAGUCCAUGAUGAUGAUUUGGAGGCAGAAAAUGAGCCUUCUGGCGAGAGCAUGUACAACAACGGCAAGGGCAUCGCAGUCUCUGUGACAUUUACCCCACUCCUACCGCCUCCAGCCACCGGAGAAAAACACCGCAAAAAUGCUAAAUCACAACCGAUAAACCGUGCCUUCUUCAUCCACGAAGAUUCGACCCUCCGAAACCUUCUCGAUAUAACAUUCGAACAGUAUGAUAUCUCCGACAAAAUGAUGUAUGGUAUUGGCAAUCGAUCAGGUAUUCUCACUGCUAUGAACUUCACCAUCACCUAUAUGAUCCUUCACACGAACUACAAGAAUAUUGUUCUUGGAAACCUCAGCGAUUUCACCACAAUCAUUGAAGAAGUCAAAGAGCACCGGUCACCGGCCUUCAAAUUGAUUAUAGUCGAGACGAAGUAUAAUGAUGGCGAAGAAACGGAAGACGAUGAAGAUACCGAAGGUGAACCCGCGGGAAAGAAAGCUGCUACAGGCCCAACUGACGAAGAGAUGGAGCAAAACGAAGCCAUUGCAAACUUGACUCGCCAGUACACAUCUCCACCGGAGGCCAAGCACGUCAACUUGACACCGUUACAUCUCAACACGUGGGCUGCUGCAAUGGUUGGUCCAAACAAGCAAGCAGGUGUCGAUUUAGAUAAUCCACCAAAUACGAAGAUUUUCGACAUUACAUACACGGAUCCAACUGACAUUGCAAUGCUCUCACGACAUUGUCUCAACGCAGUCACACAAACUCAAUCCUCCGCACCCAGUAUUGUCAUCAAUAACAACUUCAAGGAUAUUGUUGGCCUCCUGAAUGGUGACCGUGGACCUGAUCCCGCUAUCAAGAAUCCCCCGCAGCUUCUCCGUCAACAACCUGUUGCUCUUCAACCAAAACUGACUGCCGGCAUUCCAUGUGUGCCGGGUUAUCACGGCGUGAACCAAGAUGCUGACCUAUUAUUCACAGAAGCUGGGAAUAUUGGUUACCCAGUCUUGAUCAAAACCAUUCAUGGUGGCGGUGGCAAGGGUAUGCGUGUCGUCUCAUCUCCAUCUCAGUUCAAGGAUGCUCUCGCUAGCGCACAGCGCGAAUCCUUGAAAAGCUUCGGUGAUGCAGAUGUGCUCGUAGUGAAGUACAUCGAACGUCCCAGACAUGUUGAAGUGCAGGUAUUUGUGGAUACACUUGAGAACACCGUGAACACUACGAAGACCUUUGCCCAGCUGUCGAAAGUCCCUCAGCCGAGUUAAUGGCACAAGCAGCAUUGUUUGUCGCACUACGAGAGUAUUCGAUUCAGUCUACAAGCCUUGUGACG